ACUUUUUAUGUAACAAACGGGUGUCAAUUGGAAAGUCCUUUCUGCUUCUGUUCUCAAGGACCACGGCAGAUAUAGAAAUGUAUAGAUAUAGUCUCAGAACACGUCUAUAACCUUUAUUUCACUUCACAAAAUGUCGAUUGAGUCGCACGCGGCUCCGGGGGCGUCGGACAGAAGCGCUUUCUUCAUCGGGGAGGACGAUGUACCACAUGAGGAGAACGACCACCAUGAACUCAUAUUACAGAAAGCAGAUGCUCUAGCAUCGGAGAACUGUCUCAAAGAGGCCAUACACUUGUUUUCUGUGGCUAUGCGGUACGGCCCGUUAAAGCCGGAGCAGCUGAGCACUUUUGUGGACUGUAUCCUUCGCAAUUUUAAAAGGAAAACAGAAUCCUGCUCAGAGCAGUGCCUGGACACAGCUCACAAAGACGACUUAUUUGAUUGUCCAAAUUGCCAUCAUUUCUUGGGAGAACCUGUGACUAUAGCCUGUGGACAUACCUAUUGUAAAAGAUGUUUACAGCGACGUCUGUUGUGUAAAUGCAGGGUGUGUAAUGAAGCAGUGAGAGGGGAUAAAGCCAAUAUACUGCUGUGUGGACUAGUAGAGAAAUGGUUUCCUGAGGAACAUCAAAUAUCCAGAACUCUAGGUGAAGUAGAUGCUCUUUGUAAAAGAAGACGAUAUGACGACGCCAUUUCGCUGGCAUCUGAGCUCAUAGAUUCAGGUCAUCCAGAUUCAACAGCAGUGGCACGGCUGUCUCGUGCAGAAGCAUUCAUGGCCAUGAAACAAUACCACCAGGCUUUGGAGGACACUGAACACUGCUCCAACUCCAGAGACUCUGCAGAAGUGUUGUUCAGGAAAGCCAUGGUUCUGAAUGAGAUGGGUCAGGUGGAUGAGUCCCUUCAAGUCUUCCUGCAGUGCUUGUCUAUAGACGAGGACUUCCCCAGUGCUAAGAGACAAGUAGAAAAGAUUUUGUGUGGUCUACUUUCUCCAACUGAUGAGAAUGUCAAGGUUGGCCUGCGAGAAACGACACAAAGCACGUCGCCUCGCCUGCGCUGUAAAACCCUGGUGUUUGACGCACAAGAGGAGCCACAGAGUCCAGUCCAAAGACAAGAUUGUCAGCACCAAGGUCGUGCCGCCUCUGCCCAUUCCUCUCCAGAGAGUCAGGAGAGGCGGUGGGAAAGCUUAGAGCGGCCUGGUCUGAGCCGGGCCCUUUCCUUACGAAUGCAUGGGUCUAUCAGCAGUGAUGAGGGCUUGAAGAGGGUCUGCUCUGCUCCACAACUGGGCGACCAGGAGAAAGGAAGCCUGUUGAAGAGGAAGUUGUCGGUGUCAGAGACAGAGCAUAGUGUUUUGGCUAAUGGAAACAACAAACAUAAAAAACAAGGUGUCACAAGCAACAACCAUCGUGCCAGAAAAACUAGAAUGUAUCGAAUUUUUCCCGAGGGUGGACUUGAUCCCAAUGAUGUUGAGUGCUCUCUUUGCAUGAGAUUAUUCUAUGAGCCUGUUACUACACCCUGUGGACACACAUUUUGUAAAAGCUGUCUGGAACGCUGCUUGGACCAUAUGCCUCAAUGCCCCCUUUGCAAAGAGAGUUUGAAAGAGUAUCUAGCAUCUAGAAAUUACAUCGUGACUGCACUCUUGGACACUUUGAUUAAACAGUAUUUAGGGGAUGAAUAUGAAGAGAGAUCUAAAGUGCAUCAAGAAGAAACUAGAGAACUUUCAGAUUUGACAAAGAAUGUGCCUAUAUUUGUAUGUACCAUGGCUUACCCCACCGUGCCUUGCCCUCUACAUGUCUUUGAGCCUCGCUACCGCCUCAUGAUUCGCCGCUGCAUGGACACUGGCACGCGGCAGUUUGGGAUGUGUAUCAGUGAUCCAGAAAAAGGGUUUGUGGAUUAUGGUUGCAUGCUUAUUGUCAGAAGUGUCCAUUUUCUUCCCGAUGGACGUUCGGUGGUGGAUACGAUAGGUGGAAAACGCUUUCAUGUAUUGUCGCGUGGAAUGAAGGAUGGCUACAGUACUGCCAACAUUGAGCACUUAGAAGAUACAAAGGUGGAGGACAGUGGAGACCUCCUGAGACUACAAGAACUACACGAUGCAGUAUAUGAGCAGGCCUGUGUAUGGUUUCAAAAUCUCAAAAAUCGCUUCCGUAACCAGAUCCUACAACAUUUUGGGGCAAUGCCAGAACAAGAAGCAAACAUUCAGGCAACUACAAACGGUCCAGCCUGGUGUUGGUGGCUUCUUGCCGUUCUUCCCAUUGACCCACCGUACCAGCUGUCAGUCCUGUCCUUGACCAGCCUCCGAGACCGCCUAGUGAAGAUCCAACACAUCCUGACAUAUUUACAAAGUAUCCAGAACAACUAAAGUUUCCCAGAACAUUGUUUAAGGUCAAACAUUGGUUUAUUUCUUUCUACCAGUAAAAUGUCAUUGGAACUUUUGUUUGUUUCUGAACCUUCCUGAGAUGAGAAUAAAUAUAGAUGGGAUUAAAUUGUGAUCAUUGUUAUAUUAUGGAUAAGGCUGAACACCUCAGGGAUUCUUCCAUUGAUUUAAUUGUGUAAUAACAUCUGCCCUCCAGCCUUGCCCCGUGAACAGAUAGCACGGUUCAUUUAAAGUAAAGCGGAUCAAAUACAUAAAAGGCUUCCUUUAAGCAGUGUUACACCAUGAGUUAGGACACAUGAGCUCAAACUAAGGCUGGCAGCCAAUAGAGGAUGAUUUUAAAAUCUGUGUGGAAGAAAGUAGACCCUAAUGCUGGAACAGAAACUUAUGUGUUGACACUUACCUGUAAAACCUUAUGUGAUUGUUCAUUUUCAUCAUUGCCCAAAACAUCUGUUGAAUCUUCUUCCUACCAGAAUAGAUUGCCUCCAUUUUUGUUUUGCUUGGCUUCACUUAUGGUUCACAGACAUCUUCAUACUUAAACGAUAAUAUAACACAGAGAUAAAUAGUCAAAUAACAAAACUGAAAUCUUCCAAGAAAGUUAGCUGACAUUUUGUUCUUGUUUUGCUGUGAAAACGUUUCGAGUUAGAUAUUCUCAUCACACUACGAGAAUGUACAAUUUAAUAAUAAAUUAAUCUAAAUUAUUUCAGUAAUAAUUGUACAUUCUCAAUUAUGCUGCAGGAGAAUUCUAAUGGGUAUUUGCAAUAUUGAGACAGAUCGUGUAUGUGGGGAUGGGUUUGCAGUGUUCUCCAUUCAAAGCUGCUUUAUUGCUGCACGGAGCUUUAGUCAAGGGACGGUGUUUGCCUUACAUCAUUGUGAAUUUAAAACUGCUUGGUUACCAUUCCUUUUUGCUAUAGUUUGAAUGCCAUUGUAUCGUAUCUCAAUUUGAAUCUUGUUUAUAAUGUAAAAACAAGUCAAACGCUAUCAAUGUAAAUCAUUUGUACCAUUUUUUUGUUUUUGUUUUAAGUUAACAAUUAUCAAAAUAAAUGCACAUUUUCAACUU